AUGAAAAUAAUUGAGGCUAGCGCCGACGCUCUCACUAAUUUUAAAUCGCUUGAUCUCUUGAGAUCAAGAGGGACUGGAAAGUAUGCCUCACGAGCUAUUGCAACCGUAUCUCAAUCUGAGUUCAAGGUUUUUGAUUAUUUAGAGGGGACUGUUGCUUGCAAUCAAACAAGGGAAAUUAUCGAUAACUUUGUUGCCGAGUGCCAAGAAUUUGACCUUGCAAAGGUAGAGAUUCUUAAUAUUUUGAAUAUAAGACCAAGAAAUGAACCUAAGCUUUUCCCGCUCAUCGAGGAAUGCGAGUCACGUAUGGAAGAUAAGGCUGAAGAGCUUGUAGAGACCAUCACUAGGAUAUUGCCACCUCAUCCGUCUCAGGUGGCUGAAGCAAACGAGGAAGCUGCUGAGGGGGAAGAAGAAGAGACCGAGCCUUAA